CAUUUGGGAAGUCUGAUAACAGGAAAGCCCUGAUCAACUCAGGAAAUCUGUAACCCUUUGGAUAUGUUUACAUGAGGAAGUACAAUCCAUACUAUGUCAAAUACUGUUUUGUUUUUAUAAACUGGAAAGGCAUGGCAGUGAGAGAGGAGGGUUAAAGCUCCCCCCGUAAUCUCCAGACCAGGAUUGUGUCCCGAGGUCUCGGUGUCAGCGAUGGAGGAGGAGGAUAGCAGGGAAUGGCUGUAUGACCUCCUCAGCGAAGUACAACUCGGACAGUUCUUCUCCAAGUUACGAGAUGACCUACAGGUUACACAACUCUCUCACUUUGAGUAUGUCAAGACAGAAGACUUGGAGAAGAUCGGUAUGGGAAAACCAGCCAUCCGACGUUUGCUCGACGCAGUCAAGAAAAAGAGAGCCAGUAAAAAACCGAAAAUACUAGACAAAAUUCUAUCAGGAACAGCUAAGAGGAUGACAGAGGAUGCAACAAAAUCUUCUUCCUCCUCCUCAUUUCCACAACACUAUGGAGAACAGUCAUUAACUUGCCUCAUUGAUAAAAAACAGCUAAUGUUGUGGGGAAAAUUGGGUAAUGGAUCAUUUGGCGUGGUACGGGAGGGUGAAUGGACCACCCCUAGUGGUCGUAAGAAGAAGGUAGCUGUGAAGGUGUUACGAGCCGAUGCCCUCGCUCAGUCUGGAGCGUUUGAGGACUUUGUUAAGGAAGUGAAUGCGAUGCAUAGUCUCAAUCAUCCGAACCUAAUACAGCUUUAUGGCAUUGUCCUAUCCUCACCACUGAUGAUGGUGACAGAGCUAGCCCCUGGAGGGUCUUUAUUGGAACACCUAAGGAAAGAGCAGACAACUCUCCUAAUAUCUACCAUGUGUGAUCUCGCCAUACAGAUAGCCAAUGGAAUGAGUUACUUAGAAUCCAAGCACUUCAUCCACAGAGAUCUGGCCUGUCGUAAUGUUCUUCUGGCUUCACCACAGAAAGUUAAGAUAGGGGACUUUGGAUUAAUGCGAGCUUUGUCACAUCAAGAGGACCAUUAUACAAUGUCAGAAACAAAGAAAGUCCCAUUUGCCUGGUGUGCACCAGAGAGCCUGAAAAUCCGUAAAUUUUCCCACGCUAGUGACACUUGGAUGUUUGGAGUGACAUUAUGGGAGAUGUUUACGUAUGGCUCUGAACCUUGGAUGGGUUACAAUGGUUCCCAGAUCUUACAAAUGAUAGAGGAAGGACAGAGACUCCCUAAGCCUGACUAUUGUCCAGCUGAUAUAUUUACUCUUAUGUCCCAGUGCUGGGCCCUCAAACCUCAAGACAGGCCAACUUUUCAGGCUCUUAAGGACUUUCUGUGCGAGAUGAGGGCACAAGACGUUAAAGUUAUUACAGAAUUUGUAGAAAAGGAUCAUUUAGAGAUAUCAGAGGGUGAUAUGGUCACAGUUAUAGACGGAAGACCUGAUUGUUACUGGUGGAAAGGUCAGAACAAGAGGACGUGUGAGGUGGGGACAUUCCCUCGCCACUGCGUGGACCCCCAGCGCAAACUAGCAGGAAAUGACAUUAGUCAGCCAUUGAAAAAUAGUUUCAUUCACACUGGUCAUGGGGAUCCAGGUGGGAAAUCCUGGGGUGAUCCAGCCUCUAUUGAUGAGGUUUACUUACGAAAUCCAAUGGAACCACCAGAUCUGCACAAACCUAACAUGGUUUCUAAACAGCUCAAGAAAAAUCAGCUGACACAAAGCUUAAGUGCCAGGCAGCAAUUUAGUUACUCUAAGUUUGUCAAUGAAGUGGACCAUGACCUUCCAGAGAGAAAAUACCCCUCAACCUUACCAAAGUCUGUAGCUGUUGUAGGAGCCACUCCAAAUCCUCAGAGAGAAGAGAAAUCAGCAAAUAAUACUGAAGAGAGUCUUCUUAUUGACUUCAGUGAUGAGUCAGAACUCUGUACUGCUCUGAAAAAGCCAGUACCAAAUACGCUGAGUUUAUUUGAUACACUGACAUCAUCUGAUAAUUGUGCUCAGUUGGACCAACCAUUGAUUCAGGAUUCUAAUGCACCAGUAGACCCAUUUGACACGAGGUUCUCACUGAGGUCCACAUACAGCUUGAAACCCUCCCCAAUUCCAAUAACCCCUCAGACUGUGAAUCAAAAUAGUGUAAUGUCUACAGAGAGAGACAAACAAAAUAACAUUGUCACUCAAAGCUUUAGUUUGCCUUUACCUGAGAAAACUCAUCCCAACAGACCUCCAGAGUCGGAGUCAUUUGAAGCUAAGAGGAGUCAGAUAGAAGAACAAUUAGGCAAUAAUCCAUUACAUCAGUGCAGAACUAAUGAACUUAAUGUAGGAACUUAUGUCACAGGAAGUCAAGUUCAUGUGAAGAACAAUUUACACCAGGAUGACAAAAAUGUGUAUUCUAAAGUGAACAAGAAAACUACUGAAAAAGCUUUUGAUUGGCUAAAUGAUGCAAUGACUGAUUUUGGAGUUUCAAAGGAAAAGCACUACAGCAAUGUUGCACCAUUGUAUGAUGAGGUUCCUAACGAAGAAGAACCUCAUUCAUCACAGGACAGAUUACAUAAAACUAAGAACUCAUUGAACUACAGUAGUCGGCCAUUGUAUGAUGAGGUACCAGACGAGACAAAUAUAAAUGAUAUCAAAAGUUUACAAUCUCCCUCUUUCUCCAGCAAUGUUAAAGUGUCCUCAUCAGAUGAUGGAUUAUUUAAGAUAAAUAACUCCCUCAACCAAAACAGUGGUCCAUUGUAUGAUGAAGUACCAAACGAGAUGGAUACAAAUGACGUUAAAAACGUCUGCAAUGUUACCAUGCCAACCAGUUCAAGUGCUAAUCAAAAUUAUGCUCCGCCUAGUGCUACAUCUGAUGAUGAAUUUGACUUUUUUGAUUCAGACUUUGAUGAUGAGGAAGAAGAAGAAGAGGGCGCUGUUGUAGGAGCUACAGCCCGUCUCAUGAAAUCUGAAAACCUGGAAAAACCCCCUCCAUUGCCUCCUAGAGAUUAUCUUUCAAACAGUUUGGAUUCUAGAAGAGAUGCUUUAAAAAAGAAGAAUGAAAAAGCUAGAAUCUUUCCUGUUCUUCAGGAUGGUAAACAAAUAAGCUCUACUCACUAUUUUUUGAUCCCACCAAAGGGAUGUGAUAAUAAUCGUACAAACACUGCUGCUGUUCGACCUUUCUCUGUAGAUGGAAAUCAACUUGAUCAUAGGAAACAGAGACCACAUACAAUGUCUGAAUAUCAGAAUGUAUCUGAUGUUGAGAUAUCAAAUAGCAAACAAAUAAAUAAAACUCAAUUUGAAAAUGGGGACAGAAUGUCCUGGUCUGGAAUGACUGGGUUGAAACCCAUUGGGAGAAUAUCCAAUGAUUUAGGCAAAUCCAAAACUAAUAAUAGAACAGUGCCCCGUUCUAUCCCAAACUCUACUAAGUCAGUGGAACCCAAUUUUAUGUCGUCAUCUCCCAGGGAUAAAGUACUGCUGGUUCAGAAUAGUGUAAUAGGAGUGACUGAUGAAGAAUGCCAUGCAGCAUUGUGUCAGACAGCAUGGGACGAAAAAGAGGCUAUGAAAUACCUGAAAACAGAGCAGCUCUUUCGACUUGGUCUGACAUCGCGAGAGGACUGUGAACGACUUUUACAAGCAUUGAAUUGGAACUUAGAGCUGGCAAGCUCAGUACUGCUGGAUGAAUUCCGAAGUAGGAGAAAAUCGGUCGAGUCAACAGUUUAACAUUGUGCCACAAUAUAUAUUCAUAGUCAGCCAUCUUAUUUAUUGCCAGUCAUGUUUAGUGUUUAGAAAUUAUAUAAAUUUAUUAUUUAUA